AUGUUCCAAGCACCUUUUUCUCUUUCAUACUCCCACAUUCAGCCGCGUCCUCGGUUCUGUAUCUUUCGGCCUGGUGGUAUCCCUGCUCCAUUGAUUCCCAUCGAUGAAUUGCCCUCGUGGUUGCAUAUUGGCAACUUUGGCCGUGACUCAACCGCGGCUCUACAACCGGUCUCUCUCAGCUUCAUCCCACGCGAGGGCGAGUACGAUGUGAUCUGCCAUCAUUGUUCCAGCAGCGUGGAUUCCUUGCAUCAAAGCACCUCCGAGCGGAACUCGGACUCGCAGUCUCCACAGUCAGCCGCAAGCCAGACCAGAAGCUGCCCUGGCGCUUUCUUUGCUCCGGCUGCAGACUGUGAUGUUCAAGCUGUGGUCCAGCCGAUCAACAUCAUGGGCCAACUUCCUGUCCAAGCAGCAGUUCAAAGUCCAUUUCUUGGGAUGUAUAUGCUUCAGAUGCCCGCCAUCUCCUCCAAUGUGAUGCCGUCAGUCAUGCGAACACCCGCGGCCAUGGAAAAGGCCCGAGACAUUGCAAGCACCUGUUCCCACAUCGGGUCUGAUCUGUUCGAGAAGAGUUUCCCUCAAGGAGAACAUCAAUCAUCUGGAUCAGAUGCAGAUUCGGAGAGAUCAGUUCCACCAUCUGAGAAAACGACCAUCCCAGCGCCGGCCAAAAGGGUUGAUAGCCCCGAUCCCCGAGUGGACCAUGUCUCCAGCCCCAACUCUCGGAUCGGCUUUGAUGCUGCCGCUGAGAUGGAAUCGCGUAUUCAGGAACCUUCACCAAUGGAGGGUUCUCAGGAUGCAAUGACCGUGCUCAACGAGAGCAUCGCUUCCACCAGAUCACUCACCGCGGCUGUUCUGCGACUCGGGCAGCUGAUGGCUGAAGGCAAAAUUCGUCGACCAUCCAACUUUGAUCCUGGACAGCUCCAUCGCACUGGCUUCAAGUCAGAUUCCAAAACGCGUCCACGGGCACCAAGUGUGCAUGCUCCCUCAAAGCGUGUUCGGGUUCGUCAUCGCCGUCGUCGUGCUGACAAGGCUGCCAAGUCUAAGCCUGCACCUAAGACAAACGAGGAGCCCAAGCCUGAACAGCCAAACUCUGCCACCAAGAGACGGGAACGUCGUGAGAAAUUGAAUCGAGGCAAGAAGGAUACGGGUAGUCCAAGUCGCUUUGCCCACAUGACAGCCAUGCAGAAUGGGCAUGAGGCCCCACAUCGCUGA